CGGUGACCGGGGAGCGUGCGAGGGGCCCGGUGGAGGCGGGAGGGAAUGUGCGCGGGGUGAGAAGAGGCCGCGCACCGAGACCCGGCGUCUCCAUCGUCCAAAUGUACUCAGGCGGAUGUAGCAACGGAGACGGCUUGGAUGGAAAACGCUUUCAAAUCAGGCUCCAAGGCCCUGAACUGGAUUCCGGAUCUUCCCCAUACAACCUGCUGCACCUGCAGUUUUCUUACCUUAGUUGAGGGCAACUCCAUCCUUCGUGUGCUCACGCCAAAAAAACUUGAUGCCGGUCUUUCACAAUCCACAACCUAAUCAGUUAAGAAAUCGUUUUUCCUUUCUGAUUAACUGCGCACUUUGAUCCACACAAUUUUAUUCUUGGUCUGAUUUUGGUCCUCGACUCUCCUGAUAAAGGCGUGGAAAUCGAUUCAACUCGCGACGCUCGGUCCGCUAAGACUUCAGGGUUUGAGACCUUUAACCUCGGGAGCGUGGGGCCGGGCCGCGCUUGAGACUUUUCUUGGCUCCGCCGGUCCAAAUCAGCCUCUUCCGGGCCUGUCCUCGAGGGCCGGGGGCAGGGCUGGGCCGCCUCAGCGGGGUCCCUUCUCGCCGGUCGGGAGCCCCGCACCUUGCGUGGCGCCGGCGGAGAAGCUUCCGGCGGUGUUGAUUCAAUUUGCCCGCGGCCCGCGAGACGCAGAGGCGCGGUGCGCGCGGGCGCACGCGGCGACUUUGUGGUUCUCGGGCACCCGCUGCCCUCCCGGCUCCUCUCGUUCUCCCUCGCGGGCAGUAACGUCCGGGCAGGAAGAGACCUGUAGGAGAAGGGCAGCCUCUCCUUUAAGUCCUGUCCAGUCAGGAUCCAAAAACGGUCUUGAAGAGACAGAGGGAGAGGUGAAAACAGAUUAAGGGAAAAGAAGAAAUCCUAUGCGAAUUCCUCAUCUAAACGCACCCUGAAGAUGAAGUCGGCGUCCGCAGGGACCCGGUCCUCCCGGCGCUGGUGAAGGUGAGUCGAGUUCCGGUGAGCAGUUGGAGCCAAAGCCGACAACCUUGGCCAGGCGGCCAGAGGGUAAGCAGCCCCUCUGCCUCCCCAGAUGGGCAGCACUUGAACGUCUCUCCCUUGGCUUUUGAUGGAUUCCAAGGAUGCAACAGAUACGUCAAUUUUUAAAAUGCACUUACUUGGGGAGGCAGUAAGAGGGUUCUUUGUGAGAAAAUGCUCCAACUGAAGACUGUGAUGCAUCAGCCCUUAGAGAAGAAGGGACCUGCUGAGAGGGGAGUGAAUAAGCAGAAGACUCAGCCUGAGAAAGCAGGAUUCUCCUCUGUGUCCCACAGUGGGAAAUAUUCCUUGAUCCAGGAUCAGGCUCGAGAGUUGACCCACCUGCGGGAAAAGAUGAGGAUUGGGAGGGCUGUCUCUUCCCUUCUCAUCCAACAUGUCAAGAACACAGUGAAGACCUUUGAAGAGCUCCUCAGCAGUAAUAAGAUCGACUACUACAUGGAGCACCGUUUCCGUGAGCAGCUGGCCAAGGGCAGCCAGCUGGCGGAGAGCCUGGCCAGCAAAUUCAACACAGAUGACUGUAUAAGUAAGAAGAAUCAAAGAGAACAGGUGCUGCGGAACCUCAGUAUCUUAAGGGAGUUGCAGAAGAAGGGUAAAAUGACGGAAGUCCUAGAGACCAAGCAGGAUGCCCGGCCCCAGACUAGGCUCCAGACCCGCUCCAGCAGCCAUGCCCAGUCCGCUGCCCAUCGCUCCUCUAGCAGCACGUCCCCACUGUCUGAUGAGCAGGAAGUGCGCCCUGCAGUGGAUGUGGCCAAUGUCAGCCCAGCCACUCCUGCUGAUUCAGGUUCAUUGCCCAGCAACCAUUCAGAAGCCAUGUCUGCUCAGCCCUUCUAUCCUUUGAGUGGCAGCACACAGCUGAGUGGGACACCAGACCCUGGGCUUCAUGGCAGCAGUGGCCCAUGGGACGAGAUGAGGCCUCAGAAGAUGAACGCAUCUGGGAACCUAUCCUCCUUCUCCUCUUUAUACCAGCCCAACUCCAAGCCCUCUGGGGCCGACCUGCUGGAAAAGAAUCUUGUUGAGAUCCGGAACCUGCGCCAGCGCCUGGAGGAAUCCAUAUUCAUCAAUGACCGCCUGCAGGAGAGGCUGGAAUAUGUGCUCAGUAAUGCUCACCAAGGAAAAAGCACUGCACAACCAGCUCCAGAUGUCUCCCUCGCAACCCCUCAUUCAUACACUGAGAGUCACUAUUCUGGCUCUGGUAAGGACAUCUUGUGACAUGACAACAGGAGGGUCUAGAGAUAUGUUCUCCAGAUUUUCCAGCCCUAUCCAACAGCAUUCGUGGGUGUAAACUUGGAGGCAUCAGACAUUACCU